AAUCUUUGACGUAACUUCGUAACUUUAGUCUAUUUAAAAUAGAAUGAUAAGCUAUGUGUUAAAAUGUACCCUUGUAAGCAUAUGCAUUGUUGUAUAAAUGGACCAGUUUGUGUAGCGCCUAGCACUGAUGUAUUGGACGUUUAACGAACAGUUAACUUUCUCAAUUGAUCAGUUUUUCAAGUUUGUUUAACAUUCAGUCACAAUGGCAGGACAAUCAACUGUUGUGUUAGCGAUGAUCAUCGCGGCGUUGGCCGUUCAAUCUAUUAAUUCGAAGGCUGUUGGUGACGUUCAGGACAAUGGAAUGGACGGACUACUAGCACUGAUCGGAGAUACUGUAACAUCGAUCAAAAACUUACCGUUCGCUUGGGCCCAUAAAUACGAAAUCGCCAUAGUGUACAAUACUGGCAAGUGGUCUGAGAUUACCAUUUCAGAAAAACCAGCACAAAUGAAACUUGCCAAAAGGAAUUACCUUGACUGCCUCAUUAAAAUCAAAAACAUUUUAUUUGAUUUAAUGAAACAAAUGAAUGCUAAUGAAAGAGAGACCGCAGUAGUGCAAAGUGACGUUUCCAGUUGGCACAAUAAAAUUGCGGACUUGGUAAAUAAGGAUGGAGAUUUGCCUAAGGAUGCCGACUUAACACUAUAUCAAAAGAGAUUUAAUAACUUGUUCAGUAUUUUAACCGGCAAGGCUAAGAACGUAAAUGAUGCCACACUCCUCGCCGACACCAAGGUUACUGUAGCUAAUACGACCGAAGAUAUGAUGAAAGAAUUGGUCAAAUCAAUAAAACAUGCUACGAAAGAAUUCCAAGACCUCGCCAACGAAAAUAGCGAUUCAAUUUGAAUUUAAAAAAAUAUUAACUAUCUCAAUUUUAGUGUAGAAUUUGAAUGAAGAAUAUAUGAUUGUU